CAUCAGAACCCAGAGCAGCGGUCAGCACAGUCUGAGGAGGAACAGCAGCAGCAGCACAGCCACAUUCAGGAAUAUAUAUCCAUUUAAUAAUCCAGAAUAAUCUACUUAUCCUCAAGGAUCUACUGAUUCAGAAGAGAUGGACAGCAAGACGAGCAGCAAAGCAGCCAACAAAGCUGGAAGUGAUCUGUCAGAGCAGAUUAAAGAGAUCACCAAAGACGCCCAUGUUCGUGCUGAAAACACCCAGCUAAUGCUGAACUACCAGAAAGGACAGAUCACCCAGGCUCAGUAUAAGCUUCUCCUGUGUUCCCUGUACGAGAUCUACCGGGUGUUGGAGCAGGAGAUGGACAGGAACUCGCGUCACCCAGCUGUGGAGCCCAUCUAUUUCCCUCAGGAGCUGGCCAGGGUGGAGGCCCUGGAGAGGGAUCUGGAGUUUUUCUUUGGGCUGCAGUGGAGAAAAAGAGUUACAGUACCUGCAGCGACGCUCAGAUAUGCAGAGAGACUGAGAGAGAUUGGCAGAAGCAGCCCCAAUCUCCUGGUGGCCCACGCUUACACCCGUUAUCUUGGUGACCUGUCAGGAGGGCAGGUUCUGGGGAAAAUCACCCAGAAGACUAUGGGACUCAGUGGCAACGAGGGCGUGGCCUUCUUCUCGUUUCCUGAAGUGAGCAGUGCUCAUCGUUUUAAGCAAAUGUACAGAAGCAGGAUGAACAGCAUUGAACUGAGUGAGGAGGAGCGCAAGAAGGUCCUGGAUGAGGCAGUUAAAGCUUUCGAGUUCAACAUUGAGGUAUUUGAUGACCUUCAGAGAAUCCUGAGCAUCACAGAACAGGCAUCUGGUGGCAGUGGAGAAGGAAAGACACCGACCACACCAUUAUCUGCCGUUUCAAGAUCUGCAGUCGCUCAGUUUACGUUAGGAGUGUGCGCAGCACUGGUGACUGUUGGAAUGGGAGUUUAUGCUUUUUAAAAUUAUAUACAUAAAUGGUACAAAUGUUAGAUUUUAUUUUCUGUUAGCCUGCUGAAUUUAAUACUGGAGAAAAAGAUGCCAUAAACACCAAACUUUUACUUAUACAUCUGAAAGUUUAGGAUUAAUAUCUGGAUUGUAUAACUUCAGACUACUAUAAACAGUAACCAGCUGUAAACAGUCAUUGAUGCACUAUAUACUGUAUUUUGCCAAAAGUAUCUGCUCACCAAUCCAAAUAAUUAAAUUCAGGUGUUCCAAUCAAGUCCAUGGUCACAGGUUUAUAAUAAAACCCAGCAGCUAGUCAUGCUGCAGACUGCUUCUAGAAACAUUAGUGAAAGAAUGGGUCUCAGGCUCUUUUAGGAGCUUAGUGAACUCCAGCACCAUAGUACCGUGAUAGGAUGCAGCAUCUGUGCAACAAAUCCAGUUGUGAAAUUUCACUACUCACUACUAAAUAUUCCACAGCCAACUGUCAGUGAUAUGACACAGUGGACAAGACUGGAAACGACAGGGACUCUGUCAGUGUAAAAUAACAGUGGAUGCUGAGGAGCAUCACAGUGCACAGAGUUCACCAACUUUUUGCAGAUUCACUACAUCAUUAAACAUCUCCAAACUUCAUGUAGCUUCAGAUUAUCUUAAAGAACAGUAGAGUAGAGAAAAGACUCUAGGAAUAGAGUGUGUAUAAAUCCAUCAUCAAACGAUGCAAAGCAGGCGAGCGGAUACUUCUGGCAACAUGGUGUAUUUUUUAUUUUUAUUUUUUACUGAUAAAAUAUUAGUAUACAACUAUUGAUUUCAUCUAUAGUAAUGUAAUCACAGAAAUACAAAUCUGAUCUUAAAGCCCUAUCCGGACAGGGUUAGUUUCUCAGGGGAAAGUCUGUGAAAAAUCUCACUUCUACUCAGUGAACAGGAUCAGUGAGUUUUUUUGGCUUUUUUCGCAUUCAGUUGCUCCUCCAUUUACAUUCACUGUUGUGUUUACGUGGAUCUCCAUGGAAAAGCAUCCAAAAUGUAAUUACAGUGCAUGGCAGUGGAUAAAAAAGCUAUUUUAUUAAACGUGAGGUGGUGAAACUUCAGCCAAUUCAGUCUGUAAUUUUCUCAGAGGAAAAAUGUGAGAAAAACACAUACAUGCUCGUUCUGGACAGGAAUAAAAUCACAGAGGAUCCCCCAUAAAAGAGAAAAUUACCCCAGGACCCCUUGAGAAACUAAUCCCUUCCAGAUUGGGCUAUAGAGUAUUACUUCUUGCUUUUUCCAACAUGUGACUUAAAACUCUUAAAUUAUUGACUAACUCUAACCUUACAUUUUACUAACAUACCGCUCAAUAAUAUAUAUUCUAUGCACUCCAAGUUCAUACUGAAGCCAUGGAUUGUUAAAUA